AUACAUUAUCGAAACGCGCAAUUAAAAUAUUUAUAUAAACAGUUUGUUUUUAAGUCUUCAAUUUAUAGGCAGUUAGGCGCUUAAAUCAUUUUAUUUAAAGCGCUAUUUAAAGCGAUUUUAAUGGAUUUUUAGGAAACCCAGUUGCCAGCUGAUUUUGCGUCAGUGGGAGCUGAUCAUCUUGUCAUAUUACCCAAUUACUCGAAAAUCAAAAUAGCAAUAGAACUUCUGCCAUUCAAAAAUAGAAAAAAAAAAAUCGGUAAAGACAAUGUCGGAGGAUAAACAGUUCAUCCGCCGGGAAAAGGACACCAAGAAAACCUCCACGGGUUUGAAGGAGGUGGACAUCUACCGGGACACCUUCAUUCGCUAUAUGGGCUACAGCAACGAGAUUGGCGAGUCCUUCCGUCCGCUGGUGCCCAAGUCUCUGGUAGCCGCAUCCUACGGCAUGGCCAUCGGAUACGUUUGCACGGACACCUUUGACAAGGCACUGCGCCUCCAAAUGGAUGGCGCUUCCUCCAGAGAAGUGGUCGUCAAGGGAGGCGACGUCUUCUGCUGGCAAAUGUUGGCCUCCGUUGCCAUUCCCGGCCUGGUCAUCAAUAGGAUCACCUGGGCCACCAAAACACUGCUGAGCAAAGCGCCUAUGCCCGUGCUGAAGACGGUGCCCACCCUGGUGGGCCUGGCCAGCAUACCGCUUAUCAUUCAUCCCAUCGACAGCAUGGUGGAUCGCCUGAUGGACGCCACCUACCGCAAGACGGUGCGGUAGUGAACGCUGCCUGGGAUGUGCCCAGCAUCUGGCCUACUCCAAAUAAAUUCCCAUUCUUCUCCACGGUGAUAGUUCUUAGAUACUAAGAGUUUACAUGAAAUGUAGCAAAGCUUUAGCCCCAAAUCCAGUUUGCAUAUUGACAAUGA